GUCGUAAUAACCACAAAGCGAGGAAAGAUAUCGAAAAGUGAACCCUUUAAUGAUCAAUUAGAAGAUAUAAAGAAAGUUGGCUUUGCAAUUGAUGGUGUGGAACACAAGGCACGAGAACUGAUACAUGAUGAUGAGUUUGAAAAGUUUAUGAGUCGAAUAGAACAAGAAAAGGAGCAACGACGAAAAGACUUGGAACAACUGGAGAGGUAUAAACCAAAAAAUAUAUAUAUGGAAAAUGGUGUGCUCCCUGAACGAUCAACGUGUGAUUCUUAUGAUAUGCCUUGGGAUUCUCAUUACCAAAUUGGACCUGAAACUCUUCUCUUAGCUUCGCGUGGGGCAUCAUUCAAUGCACGUGUUCGAGAUUAUAGGAGAGAGUUGUGGGGUGACGGAGCACCACUUGUGACUGAAGGUUACCUCGGUUUCAGAAACCAAGAUAUUACAGUCCGAGAACGACGAAGAUUCACGGAUUUAGUCAGAGAAGAUAAAGAGAUUGCAAAAAGUGUCGCUAAUCUCGAUCGUGAAAUAAGAAUGUCGCAAAGUGGCGCAUUGAGACGCAUACAGAAUAAUAUUGAAAGAACCGUUCCGAUUUUGAAAAAAGAAGACGGAACCUUUGGUGCCAUAUUUAAAACUCGCUUAAAAGAUGUCGCAUUCGCUCAUGAAAUAUCAAAUGCCAUUUUCGAAUGCACAGUAGUUGCAAAUCCCGCAGCAUCAGUAACCUGGUUUCAUCACGAGAGUGCCUUAACUAACAAUGGAAAAUAUAAAAUUUUCCACGAUAGCGGUCAGUGCAAAUUGAUUAUUUUAAAUGUGUCAACUGCGGAUUUGGGAGAAUAUUCGUGUAUUGCUACCAAUGAACUUGGCAUGGACCGGACUUCAGCACACAUAUUCAUCGGAGAUGUACCAGCUCCUCCUGGGAGGCCAGAAGUUGAAUUAUGUUCUGAUACCGAAGUUUUUAUCAUAUGGGAAGCACCACUGGUGGCCAAUUCUCUUGAAGGCCUAAUUUACAAGCUAGAAAUGCGGCCUGCAGGAGAAAAUGAUCAUUUUUCUGAAUGGCGCUUGGUGUCUGAUCAGUUGGAUGAGGAAGCCGUAAUUGUUCGUUACCUGAACCCACUGGGAAUUUACCAGUUUCGUGUUACUGCGAAAAAUGCAUUUGGAUGGGGAUAUCCGUCACUGACCUCACGUAUCAUCCGAACCCAUGCGAAAAACUCACUGAAACUACAAAUUGACCUUCUGAAGCAACAAUAUCAUCUGUGCAUUUUAUCCAAGCCGCCAAAAUCGAUUAUUUCCAAGCAAAAAUUGUCUGGAAUCACUGAAGAAGAAGAAGAUAAAUUACAGAAUGACGAGUCAUUAAAUAUACUUGAAUCUGAACAACUUAUGCUAAGCUUAAACGAUGAUCCGAAUAAGAGAUUCCAGAUCAUAUCGGAAUUGUGUCGUGGUCGGUUUGGUCUUAUAGUUAAUGCUUCUGAUUCACGCAGUGAAGUAGGCCCGUUUUGCAUUGCCAAACUUUUAAAUUCGUCAACAGGACGAAAUCCUUCUAUCGAAUUCGAAAUACUUAAAGAAUGUCAGCAGGAAAACGUUGUUCAUUUAAUAGCUGCAUUUGUUAAGAAUAAUAUUUAUUAUUUUUUUAUGGAAAAACUUAGCGAAAAUAUUUUUGAACGAUUCCUUCGCAAUGAUUAUUAUAAUGAGGAACAAGUGUGUAGAUCGAUCAUGCAAAUUUGCUCUGCAUUACAUUGGAUUCAUUUUAAAGGGUAUACUCACCUCGACAUCGAGCCUACCAAUGUCAUGUUUACAUCAAAGCGUGCAUGGAGUUUAAAAAUUGCGGAUUUUGGAUCAGCUGUGGAAACUGGAACUAUCUUAGACGAGUCUGUACAAUUAAAUACCUACUGGGCUGCUCCUGAGCUCCAAGAAAGAAGACAGCCAGUAACUAUGCAGAGUGAUGUUUGGAGUCUUGGAGUCUUGACUUUUUGUCUAUUGAGUGGCUAUCAUCCGUAUGCAGCCCAUGAUAGCUCUGAAGAUGAAGUCAAAGAGAACAUACUUCGUCAGAAAUGCGAUCCAAAUUUAAUUCAUGUUCAGGCUACACAAGAAUCUCUUCGCUUCGUCACAUGGGCCUUGAAGAAAGAUCCGAUAAGACGCAUGCGAACGGAUGAGGCCUUAAACCACCACUGGUUUUCGGGUGAAUUGUCACUGGUACGCCGUCGAGAAAAUAUCAAAUAUCCAAGCAGCCGCUUGAGAAGGACAUGUACAUUCACUUUUAAUAAAUUAAAUCGAAAUAAUAACCAAACUCUUUUGUCAUUAAUCCCAGGAAAUUCUAUUUAA